UGGACGGCGGCAGCCAGCGGCAGCGAGUCGUGAGCGGCGUGUGAGUGUGUGUUUGUGCGCGUGUGUGAGUGUGUGUGCGAGCGCGAGAGAGAGAGAGAGUGUGUGUGUCAGCGAAAGAUUUCCGAAGAUGCUGGAGAGGUAGCUAGUCUGACGGGAUGGCCGGUAUCAUCAAAAAGCAGAUCCUGAAGCACCUGUCCAGGUUCACUAAGAACCUCUCCCCGGAUAAGAUCAACCUGAGCACGCUGAAGGGAGAGGGACAGCUGUCCAACCUGGAGCUGGAUGAGGAGGUCCUGCAGAACAUGCUGGAUCUGCCCACCUGGCUGGCCGUCACCCGCGUCUACUGCAACAAAGCUGCUAUACGGAUACAAUGGACAAAGCUGAAGACCAGUCCCAUAUGUUUGUUCCUGGAUAAAGUAGAAGUUGAAAUGAGGACCUGCGAGGAGCCCCGGCCCCCAAACGGCCCCUCUCCGAUUGCCAUUACUGCAGGACAAAGCGAAUAUGGCUUUGCUGAGAAGGUCGUGGAGGGAAUGUCUGUGAUCAUCAACUCCAUCACCAUUAAAGUUCAGGCCCGAGCGUUUCACGCCUCCUUCGAGCUCUGGCAGCUCCAGGGCUGCAGCCUCAAUCCCAAAUGGCAGAAGAGUGACCUGCGCUACACGCGCAUUACACAUCCCAAGAGAGGAGAGGUCCUAACGUUCAAGGAGAUCAACUGGCAGAGUCUGCGCAUAGAGGCGGAUGCUAUUGAGAGCGACGAGCAGGAUCUGGGCAGCACACCCCUGCGCCUCAUUACCAAUCAAGGACGAAUACGCAUCGCUCUCAAACGCAGGGUGAAGGACUGCAAUGUCUUGGCCUCUAAGCUGCUGUUCAUACUGGACGAUCUGCUGUGGGUGCUCACAGACUCCCAGCUCAAGGCCAUCAUCCACUACGCCAAGUCUCUGAGUGAAGCCAUGGAGAAGUCCGCCCAGCAGAGGAAGAGCAUGGCUGCUGAAACACUACAGACUGCGCCUCCCUCUCCUGGGCUCCACUCUCUGUGGACUGAACCUCCUCCACCCGAAGCGGUCGGGACCCCCGGCACGCUGGCCGACUAUUUUGACCUCCACGAUGUCAAAGAGUCAUCCUACCACACUUUCAUCUCCCGACUCGACCUGCAUAUCUGCAACGACAGCUCCUCGGAUUGCGAUGAAGCUCCUCCUCCAGGCACACAGGGUGCGAUGCAGCUGACCUUCCGGAAGCUGGGCUGUGACUAUUACCCCUUCCACAGACCAGGUGAUGGCUGUCGGCACUGGGAGCGUCACUGCGGGGCGAUGGAGUCUCAUGCUCAGUGGGCGACCAAACUUCUGCAGGAGUUUCAGAGGAGGGUGGAGGACCUGGCCAUCCCUGGACCGCAUUCAGAGCCAAAUGUGUCCGUGAAAGACUCUCCAGCCAAAAAAAUCAAGGAUGGAGAAUCUCUGUCCAGUUUGAGUCCCGAGCGGUCUCAGACCUCACAUCGGACAUCAGCAGCCGCCCCGUCCUUAGGAUCUUCACUGAAGAGACUUCGCUCCAGCUGUAUGGUGAUCCGUGUGGACGACCUGGACAUCCAUCAGAAGGAUAAAGCAGCAUGUGAUGUAUUGCUGAUGGUGUCCACUGGAGGCCGUCACAGCAAGAGAACGCAGUCUCUCCUCUCCUGCAACCGUAAAUCCUUACAUCUCCCAGACAACACUCCUGCAAUUCACCUUCAGUUCACUGAAUACUACUUCCCUGAUAACCCUGGACUUCCCGUUCCCUGCUCUAAUCUUUAUGCCCAGCUGAAUGGUCUACAGCUGUGUCUGGAUGCCCCAAGUGUCUUGUGGAUGACUCUGUUCUCACGGGGUCUACACAGGACGCUAGAUCAGGUCAAAGCCUUUUAUCACCUCCAGGACAGCAGCAAGACGGACGAACACAUUGAUAUCCGCCUGGAUGCAACACAGCUGAAGCUCAUCAUUCCUCUGGAGUCUUCCAUCUUGGAUCACCCAGACCGCCCUCAGUCCCUGAGCAUCAGUCUUCCUCAGAUCGUCCUGAGCAACACACGCCACGCUCCUCACGGUUCCCAUUUGGACCUCAACAGCACCUACAGCAGCUUCUCCGCCCGCCCUUUCUUCCAUCCCCAGCCAAGCCAACCUUUCCCUCGCGAUCAGAGCGUCCUUCAUCCCCUGCCAUCUGCAUUCCUUCAACACUGUCUGGAAAACGAGUCCCUGUCGUUAGCGCACAAACGGCCAUCUCGCUCUCAGGACGUCUGGUCAGUCAGUCUGUCCCGAGUGACUCUAGGGUUUGAGGGGGCUCGUCGAGGGCUCCGAGGGAAAGCUCUUCCAUUCGUGGAGCCCUUUGCCAUGUCCUUGUGGAUGUGCCGCCCUUCUGCCUUCAAAAAAGACUCAAGUACAGAUGCCGAUUUAAAAUCCCCAACCGCUUCUACUAAACGACCCCUCCCAGACUCACUGCAGGGUGUAAAUAAUGUCAUAUCUAGUGAAGUUCACCAAACCGAACAUCUAGUCAACUCUCCCAUGGCCUCCAUUCAUAUCUUAGCCCAGUCCAUCACUCCUGUCAAAAUGUGGCUCAACCACUACCAGUUCGUAGCUCUUUUGCGGAUGAAGGACUACCUUGCCCGACUAGCUGGACAUUUGACCAAGGACGUCCAGGGUUUGGGACAACCUGAACAUAAAGCAUCAGAUCCCCCUUCGGUUUGUGUCUCAAUGCUAAUGGAGGCCAUAGAACUUGCUCUACUGCUUCCUCCUGCGACAUCCGAGCCAGUGGAAGAAGCCCAUUCUCCUGAGGAAACGGACAGUCCUAGCUUAACCGACUCUGAUUUGUCACCGUCCCACCUCGCUGGUGAGCCUGACCUGCUGGAGGACAGCGGGACAGCAGGGAAUGAGGGUCAAGAGGAUGCUGAGCAGGAGGGUUCGGUAGAGGAAGCUUGUGAAGCUGUUGAAGAAGGAAUGGAUGGACCAACGGGGCAGGAUGGAGAAGCUCAGGCUGCCGUUACUUCCUCGCCUCCUCCACUUUCUCCAGGGAAUUCUGCUUUACUGUCCCGUCAUAGCUCCACUUUCAGCUUGGAAGGGGAGCUGUCCAGUGCCCUGAGUGCCACCAAAGGCGUCACCAAAGACGCCCUCAGCGCCUCCCUGGAUCUCACCAAAGGUGCGCUGUCCAUAACGAAAGAUGCCUUCAGCAUCCUGAGCCGAGGAUCUGGCAUGACUAAACUCUUCACUCCUCAGAACAAGGAGCAAAGUGCACGGCCAGAAGAGUCCAGUCCCUCCGUAAUGGGGAACCUGCGGCUUCAGUCCAUGAAACAGUCGCCUUCCCAAAAUUCCUGUGACAGUGCCAUUUUAGAAAGUAGUCUGGCGGACGAUGGCUUGUCCGUCGAUAGUGACAUCAGCGAAAACUUCGUCAUCCUCAUGGACUCUGAGUCUGGUGUGGAGUCUCUGCGUCCUAAUGGUACGGGGGUCUCGGGCAGCUGUGUCAGCCCGGCUCCAGGAACAGAAGGCGGGUCGUCAGCAGACCUCAGCAGCUCUCUGUCUCAGAGCACUGAAGACGUUGCUCAAGAUAUGGUGUCUGUGUUAGUUCUGUGUCUGAGUCGAAUGGGGUGCCUGAUGGAGAUGCGUGGUGAAGAUAUCGUGGUGGCGCUGGAAGCCCAAGAGCUUUUGCCUAAACAACAUGGCAACCAUAAAGUCACUGACCUGCUGGCAGGACUGACACAGGCAGCUGGUUCUUCCUCCCCAAAUGCUCCUCUGUCUCCCGGGCCCCGGUCUCUCUCCUGUGCCCCAGCAGCGGCCCUCAGGAUGGAGAUGGGCCCGCGUGCGGGUAGACACUCUCCUCUGUCUGAGAGCGUGGGCUUCAUGGAAAUGUGCCUGACUGGGUGCAAAGCAGAGCUCCUGGCUUCUACCUUAAACACGCUUGGACCCUUUCUGGAAGAUGAGCUCAGCGCAGACCCCCAGCCAAUGAGACUGUGGGUACGGGACACUGCUGUUACACUAAAGGACGAUGGUCCUCGUGUCUACCCGACCGCUCCUCAAGCAGUUCCUGUGCUCUUCUCUCUGGACGGUAUUGUGUUGGAGCGUUUGGAUGACGGAGUCCUCAGCUUGAGACCUGCACAGAGCCAAUCAGGGAUCGAGACGGACGGGGACGAAGAUAGAGCUGGCCCGUCCUGCUUCAGAGCUGAGGAGCAAAACAAGUCUCUGGAGUCCAGACUCGCUGAUGUCCAGUCAGCUCUAGAGAAAGCUCUGUCUGACCGAGAGCGCCUGCUACAGGAAGUCAGGAAACACAACCCCUCCUUCACCUUAUGAUGUUCAAAGGGAAAGAAACCAGACUUGUCCAAAUGAGGCACCAGAAAACAUGUCUUGUAGAUAAACCAGAAGAACAAGAGGUUUGCCUCUUCUGACUCCAAAGUUCUCGUCCAUCCCUUGCUGUACCUUUUUAAUCUCUAACGUCCGAGUGUAAAAUCACAUGCCAUCCAGUUCUCUUCAGUCUCUGUGUGGAUCCUCCAUGAGUCUUCCUGUAUUUGGCUGCACUACACCGGUUCACCAAGUUCCCAGGACUGAAUCAAGUCAAUGAAACAGACCCUCUUCGCUGCACACUGGAUCAUCUCUUUACUUCUGGUCAGCAUGCUUCUUGCACAUUAGUCCUUUUUAGUCUCACAAAAGGACCGUGUACAGCUUUUAGUUUCUGUAGAUGUUUCUAAAUGUUGUUUGGUACCACGGCCCUGUAACGCCGGUAGAUACAAGCUCUGUUCCAGAACCUAGAGAGAACCCUAAAUAGUAGGGCUGGGCUGAUAUUAUCGGUUUAAUUAACCAAGAAUUGAUCUCUAAGUCAGAUUUUUCAGUUAAUGCAUUAACAAAACUAAAUAGUGUUGCCUCCAAAAAAUCGCAUUGUGAAUCGAGAAAUGUUUCAGUAUCGAUUGUUUUUUUUUUUUGUUUGUUUUUUUUGUUUUCCUUCGAAUGCAUCACGGUUUCUCUGGAAUCUCUCUCUCUUCAGCACUUCUUCAUGAGCAUUUGAGUGUAUGGAUACAAACUAGAUUAGAGCGCCAUCUGCUGUUACAAUCUAGGCUCAGAAUCGAUAUGUCCUGCAAAACCCUUAUUUCAUCAUAUCACAUUCGGCAUAUUUUUACUUAAAAACCUUUUAGUGCCGUCUCAUCCAUUGUAUUUUAAAUUCGGAGCGUUAACAUAAGUAUCAUUUUUAAAAGCGUCUAAAAAUUCAGUUUACUUUUCAUUUGGAUUGUCGCUAAUUAGAACUUUUAAUAUUAAAAAUUUUAAAGUAAUUUAUCAACUAUAAGUUCACAGCACUGGUUAAGGAUUUUCUCGUCAAGAAAAAAAAUGGACGCCUGCUCAGAAAUAUACGUAGCCCAUGUCCAAAUGAAUCGGGUGUGGGAUUGAAUCGAAUGUAGAGAAUGUGAAUGCGAAUUUAACCGAUUUGUAACAUCUGUGUCAGUUACCAGCUUAACGGAUAUCGUAAUAAGACGUGUUCUGGGUGCUCAGCUAAUCACGUUCCCCUCAAAGACACUUCUGGUUCACUUAAAGUUUACUAGGUUUAGGAACAGAGCUAUGGAUUUGACUCAAGUAGUGUGUUGUACAUUUCUUAUCGGCUGCUGUUCAGUGUGUAAAGUACAGUUGGUGUGUGUGUGUGUGUGUGUGUUCAUGAAAGGAGCUGAAACAAAAGCACUUUGACUUAAAUGCACUGUAUAUAUCACAGUUUCGUCUGAGGAUCAGUGUACAAAAGGUACUUGUGUUAACCAACACAUCCUCAGAGUCAUGGUACUCACUGUGCUGUCUUCGGUGGCGUCCAUCUCCUCUAGUGUAGAGUCACGGAGAAACCCCAGUGCCAAUGCCGGCGGUCACACGCACUUCAGAUGGGAAGUCAGCUUUAUUCAGUAUUACGAUGCUCGCUUGUGUCAAUGUAACACACUCGGUCCGUUUAAUGAAAAAAUGUGUGUUUUUUGAUCAUAGUCUGUUACACUAAAGUCACUUUGGGAUGUUUCACUAAUCUGUAGAGUUCAGACGAAAAAUAUUAACGUUUAUGCACAUUUAUUUUUACUUUAUGAGAGAUUUAUUUUUUUUGUUGGAAGUAUACCAUUGAAAUGCGUACGUUUUUACUUUAUAUACAAAUUAUGGACAGAAUUUUUUUUGUAAUUGGAUGGUGCAUUUCAGUUUUUCUUAUUAUUUACAAAUUGUCUUGCUGCCCCAAUUUUUAAUUUUUUAAUUUUUUUUGUAAAGAGAGUGUUUCUGUUCGCUGUCCUGUAAACAAAAACUAACUGAACCACAGGUGCUACUGCAUUUUGACACAUUUCUGGUCACCGGACCCAUUUUUGCGUUAAAUCAGUAUUAUGAAGCAGACAGAUCGUCCCUCUGUGUCGCUCUGCGGGUUUGAACAAAGCCGUCUUCAGUCGUUUGGAUUGAUUCAUCAGAACAUGUCUGGUUAUUUUAAACACGCCACAUUUUUCCGGUGUCGUGGUGUCCCUGCUUCAGCUUCCAGUGCGACGUGUAGCAUUCACUCACACUAAACAGUCUCCGUUUAGUGUAUCGAGAGAUUUCUGUCUUCCGGAAACCUUUGGAGAAAUAACGGUUACGAUGGUGUAAACUGUAAAGACUUUUCUGUAGACGGUAGAAAUGAAAAUAAUAUUCUUACGAUCGAAAAUAACUUCAUUCACUGCAUGGGAGAAAAAAAAAAACAUUUGGUGUUUUAUGCAUGACUUUACUUGAAAUAUUUCACAAGUGCGACAUCAUGAAGGUCACAGGCUGUUUAUUUUAUAUAAUUGUUUUAUUUAAUUUUAUUUAAGGGUCAUCGCUAACGUACCGUUGAUGAGUAUCGCCUGUGAGCAACUUGACCUGAUUAUGCUAAUUGUAUUGAUUGUUUUUAGCUGUGUCGUUGGUACUGAAUUGACUUCUGUUUCCGUGUGUGCCGUUUAAUCGAACGAUCCGUCCAGAACGACGAAUGUUCUGUUCGUUACACUUCUUCUCUGGAGAACUGAACGACUGCUCUGCUCACCUCCGAGUGAAAGUUAACCUCAUUAACGUCGAUCUGUUCGUACGAAGUGGAAAAAUGUCAUUUGUUCUGCUUCGUGUCUCAACCCAAGCUCAGAUUUUCCAAGCAAUCAAAAAUCUGAAACAUUUCUCACCGAACUCACCGAUUGACCCGAGAGAUAUCAGGAUUGGUAUUGCUGUUAGCAAUCGUCUCGAUUUAAUGACUGGGUUUUUCGAGAAAAGGCCCAUAUGUAAGCAGUUCUUUGCUUGCAUGUGGAUUCGAGACGGUCGCUCGGUACAGUUGGGGUUUGCCGUUGUUUAUCGAGAGUAAUGUCGGAUUGGCGGUUUGUCUCGGAGCAGAACGUUACGACUGCGUGAGUAUCGGGGUUUAUAUUGUUCAGUUGAGUUGUGCUUGGUCAUAUCUUGGUUUUGUCUUCUGCUUAUCGAAUGACCGAUGUUCAGCGCUCUUCACUUCGAUAAAAUUCAAGGUUUCGGUUAAAAAUUCAAUCUCUUCGUUAAGAUGAACGCAAUUUCACAUUUGCUAUCGCCAUUAGAGUCCUGGAACAAAACAUUUAAAACUAAACCGAUAUUUUGUUGGUUCUGUGAACCAUAACUAUGUGAAAAUAUGUCAAGACCGAUGAUGAUCAAUAAAAUGUUUCUAAAAGUUGA